AUGUCAUAUCAGUCGAGUGUGGCGCAAGACUCCUUAGCUGCAGCACAGUUGGAAAUGGCCGGUAACCCUUCUUUGGCGCUUCGUCGACCAUUCGACCCUGUGGCUCACGAUUUGGAGGCCAGUUUUCGACUAACAAGAUUCGCCGACCUCAAGGGAAGAAGUUGUAAAGUACCUCAAGAUGUGCUAUCUAAACUUGUCGAGUCGCUGCAGCAAGACUAUUCCCAACAAGAUGAUCAAUUUAUGCAUGUCGCUAUCCCACGCAUCGGCAUCGGCUUAGAUUGCUCCGUUACGCCGCUUCGCCACGGUGGACUCUGCUUGGUUCAAACCACAGACUUCUUCUAUCCCCUCGUUGACGAUCCCUACAUGAUGGGAAAAAUAGCGUGUGCUAACGUACUCAGUGAUUUGUACGCUAUGGGUGUCACUGAAUGUGACAAUAUGCUUAUGUUAUUGGGCGUCUCAACUAAAAUGACUGAGAAGGAGCGUGAUGUCGUGAUCCCCUUAAUUAUGCGUGGAUUCAAGGAUUCUGCCCUUGAAGCUGGCACAUCUGUAACUGGAGGCCAAACUGUUAUUAAUCCAUGGUGUACUAUCGGAGGGGUAGCUACUACUAUUUGUCAGCCUAAUGAAUAUAUUGUCCCUGACAAUGCUGUUAUGGGCGAUGUACUUGUGUUGACCAAACCCCUCGGAACACAAGUGGCAGUCAAUGCACACCAAUGGCUUGACCAACCAGAACGCUGGAAUAGAAUUAAACUUGUUGUAUCAGAAGAGGAUGUUAGAAAAGCUUACCACCGGGCAAUGGAUUCAAUGAGCAGAUUGAACAGAAUUGCUGCUCGCCUCAUGCACAAAUACAAUGCUCAUGGUUCUACUGAUGUCACUGGAUUUGGUCUACUUGGCCAUGCUCAGAAUCUUGCAUCACAUCAAAAGAAUGAAGUGUCAUUUGUUAUCCACAAUCUACCAGUGAUUGCUAAAAUGGCAGCAGUAGCUAAAGCUUGUGGUAAUAUGUUCCAGUUACUACAAGGCCAUGCACCUGAAACAUCUGGAGGGCUUCUCAUCUGUUUGCCCCGAGAACAAGCAGCUGCUUACUGUAAAGAUAUUGAGAAACAGGAGGGUUACCAGGCAUGGAUUAUUGGUAUUGUGGAGAAGGGCAACCGUACUGCAAGAAUCAUUGACAAGCCCCGAGUUAUCGAAGUACCAGCAAAAGAUUAG